AUGGCAAUUGAACUUUGUUCAGAUAGUUCUGCUGGUGUUAGUCCAAGAAUUUCAUUUUCUCAUGAUCUUUGCGUAUCAGAUAUUGUUCCUGUUGAACAACGCCCUCUUCGACCAAGUUCAUUAGGUAACAUUGAUUUCGACUUCUGCGUUCGAAAGAGUUUCGAUCGAGAUUCAUCGCCCGCGGACGAGCUUUUCUCUGAUGGAAAAAUUCUUCCUACUGAAAUCAAGAAAAAGAAAGCUUCUGCGAAACAAAUCGAUCCAUCUAUGCCCCCAGGACAAGCCCUACAAGAUGAUGUUUCGAGUAAUGAUGGUUUCAAGAAAGAUUGCUUGAAUGAAAUGAAGAGUUCAAGUUAUGAAGCAGAAGAUCACAAGCACAGUUCAAAGUCAUUUUGGAGGUUCAAGAGGAGUAGUAGCUUGAAUUGUGCUAGUGGUUACGGAAGGAGUCUGUGUCCUUUGCCACUCCUUUCGCGAAGCUAUUCUGCAGGUUCUACACCAAGUAGUAAGCGAACAACAUUAACCAAGGAUACUAAUCAUAAGCAGCAUAAACAAUCAUUUCUCAAGCCAUCACAAUCGUCGUCUUCCAUGAAUUAUCAGAAGCCUCCAUUGAAGAAGAAUUAUGGACCUUAUGGCAAUGGCGUUCGCAUUAGUCCGGUUUUGAAUGUUCCAUCAGGGAAUCUAUUUGGUCUAGGUUCAAUCUUCUUCAAUGGCAAAGAUAAGAACAAGAAGAAGUGA